GCAGUGGAGCAGCACAUACACAGUCACACAGACAGGGGAGGGAAACAGUUAAGGUGAAAGAAAAGAGAGAAAAAAGAGAGACUUUUUACAAUCAACAGAUUGUGGAACACUGACAUUAGGAGCAGAGAGAAGAAGAACGCUGAUGGGAAAUGAAUGGCUGCAGCUGAGUGAUUGCAAGCACAAAUAUGCCUGUCGGAAAAUAGAAUUAAACAGAGGUGAUAAGAGGCAUCAAUCAAUGUGGUCUUCAGGAAUGGAGCAGAUGUUGCUUCAGCAGCUCGGGAGCAAUAGAGACAAUCAGAGACUGUGCCCAGCCAUAGCCUAGAGGAAUAGGACCAGGCACCGUGGCAUCUUCUCAUUGUUGGGGUGCGGCUGCUGAAGGUUUUCCCAGCCUUCCAGAAGCUGGAGUGGAGAGAUACAGUGUGGCACCAUCAGAAGAAGACCCUGAGGUCAUCUACAAGCUGAAGAGAUGACUGUGGUGUCCGGAGAGAACGUGGAUGAGACGCUGGUGUCCCUGAGUGCCCUGGGUCAGGAAGGAUAUGACCCAGAAAGAGUGACCCAGGACUGCUGUGAAAGGGUGGUCAUCAACAUCUCAGGACUUAGAUUCGAAACCCAGCUGAGGACCUUGUCUCAGUUCCCCCAAACCUUGCUGGGGGACCCCAGGAAAAGGAUGCGCUUCUUUGACCCCUUGAGGAAUGAGUACUUCUUUGAUCGCAAUCGUCCUUGUUUUGACGCUAUCCUCUAUUACUACCAGUCAGGAGGUAGGCUCAGGAGACCUGUUAACGUCCCUGUGGAUAUUUUCCUGGAGGAAAUUAAGUUUUAUGAGCUGGGAGAAGAAGUGAUAGAGAUAUUUCGAGAUGAUGAAGGUUUCAUCAAGGAAGAAGAGAGACCCUUGCCUGACAAUGACUUCCAGAGACAGGUCUGGUUACUCUUUGAAUACCCUGAGAGCUCUGGACCUGCCAGGGGCAUUGCCAUUGUCUCUGUUCUCAUCAUCCUCAUCUCCAUCGUCAUUUUCUGCAUGGAGACCCUGCCCGAGUUCAGAGAAGAGGUCAGGUUGUCUGGAGAGCACAUUAUGAUCAAUGGAACCAAGACCUUCAAGGAAAGUCCAUUCACCGACCCUUUCUUUCUCACCGAGACCCUGUGCAUCAUCUGGUUCUCCUUUGAGCUCCUGGUGAGGUUCUUAGCCUGCCCUAGCAAGCCAGCUUUUUUCAAGAACAUGAUGAAUGUCAUAGACAUUGUAGCCAUCAUCCCUUACUUCAUCACUCUGGGGACAGAGCUGGCUGAGCAACAAGGAAACAAUGGGCAACAGGCCAUGUCCUUGGCUAUCUUGAGGGUCAUUAGGUUGGUUCGUGUGUUUAGGAUCUUCAAGCUGUCCAGGCACUCCAAAGGACUACAGAUCUUGGGGAAAACUCUACAGGCCAGUAUGAGGGAGCUGGGACUUCUCAUAUUUUUCCUUUUCAUCGGUGUCAUCUUGUUUUCCAGUGCUGUCUAUUUUGCAGAAACUGAUGACCCCGAGUCAUUGUUCACCAGCAUCCCUGAUGCAUUCUGGUGGGCUGUGGUGUCCAUGACCACUGUUGGCUAUGGGGACAUGUACCCCCUCACCAUAGGUGGCAAAAUCGUUGGUUCCCUGUGUGCCAUAGCAGGUGUGUUGACCAUUGCUCUCCCAGUCCCAGUUAUCGUUUCUAAUUUUAACUAUUUCUACCACAGGGAGACAGAUCACGAGGAGCAAACACAGUACACCCAUGUCACCUGUGGCCAGCAACCUAGCUCUUUUGGGGAGCUAAAAAAGAGUGAUAGCAAACAAUCGUUUAAUAAAUCAAAUUACAUGGACUCAGAAGACCCUGACGAAGCAAAAUACCACCACCAGUACACAGAAAACCAACAUUAUCCAGAGCAAAAAAAGUUAACUGAAGUAUGAAAUACUGAUGAACAUACACACAUGCACACACAAGGACUUCUGAUCAAAAUAGGUCUGUUUGACUAUGAGGAUGACCUCAUCACUCAUAAAGUGAUACUUAAAAGGGUAGAGAUUUUAGGCAGGUGACAUUGUAUACAAUGGGGUUUCAUGUGCUGGGAGAAAACAUAGAAAAUUGAUAUGCCUGAGAUUACUUUAUUUUUUUAUUUUUUUUUUGUGUGUAGGAGGGAAUGCUACAAACAGACAACAUAAUUUACAACUAAUGGUCUUGAUUCUGUACAUGUUGUAGCUAUAUGUCUAAUGUGCAAAUGUACCAUUUGCCCAUGGCAAGAAAACGUUAGAGUUACAACAGCCGCAGAGUGCAACUCCCAGCAAGCUGACACAGCUUCCUGAGCUUGCUGGGAGUAGCAGUCUGCGGCAGCUGGAGCUACAGAUUUUUACCUCUUACUGCUAUCUACUCAGUAUGAUACUAUGACCCUAUGAAAAUCCAUGGCAGGACUGGUUCAGUAUGAUUGUAUCAAUGAAUCUCGUACCUUCUUAUCAAGGACAAUGCCCUCAUGAUGAUCCUGGCAGGUGUUCCUGAAUGAGGACAUAGUUACUAUGUGUGGCUCAGUAUUUCCCAAGGAAUAUCAUAACAGUGUUCACAGAGAUGCCAUUCUACCACAAUCACACUAGCUAACAUCAUUUAAGUGGUAUUAACUGCUACAGAUACAUUUUUGCAUCCGUGCCAUUACUUGUGUCUAAUGGAAAGCCUGUCACAACAAGAGUAUGUUCUGUGAGGACUGUUACAAGCCACAGAGGGAACAACAGUUGUCUUUGGGAGGUGAUGAAAACUCAACCUCAAAAUCUCCCUCUUUUUUUAAUUCGAAUGGUAUGGUCCUGUCUCUUAGAACCUGGCAUUGCAAGGGUAUCUCUUGUUUUGUUGCCCACAAACAAACACACACAAAAUAAUAAUCAUUGUAAGCACUUUAGAAAUUUACAUUUAAUGGCAUGGAGGAGCUGGUAUUAAGUUAAUUUCCUCACCCCAUCCUAUGAACAUCUGCGAUUUUUGCACAGCGUUUAGUGUUUUUUUUUGUUUACAUGGGUGCCAGCCAGGGCAUUGUGAACCCAUUUGCUGCUAGAGAUCUCUGCACUGCUUGCCUCUUCAGCUGGAAAAAAAGGGGUUUAUUUUAUUUUUACAACCAAAUAUUCAUAUCUGUAAGUGCCUUGAUUUGCAAGGUAAUGUCUGAGCAUAGUUUUCUGUUCCCCUCU